CGCAGGCCCAACCCGAGGCUCGGGAGGUGGUUAGGGAGUGAAUUUUCUGGAAGGCGACUUUAAAGGCGCCGGGCCGGAGCGAAGGGCGUUUUGGUGCCGCCGUCGCCGCCGCCGCCCGGGCCGGGGAGGAGGCGCGUCGGUGGCAGGAAGCGAGCUGCGCCGAGGUCGUCGCGGGGCCAGCUGGUAACCCUGCAGGAUGAACCACAAGAGCAAGAAGCGGAUCCGCGAGGCCAAGCGGAGCGCGCGGCCGGAGCUGAAGGACUCGCUGGACUGGACCCGGCACAACUACUACGAGAGCUUCUCGCUGAACCCGGCGGCCGUGGCGGACAAUGUGGAAAGGGCGGACGCCUUACAGCUGUCGGUGGAAGAAUUUGUAGAGCGGUAUGAAAGACCCUACAAGCCCGUGGUUCUGCUGAAUGCCCAAGAGGGCUGGUCCGCACAGGAGAAAUGGACUCUGGAGCGCCUCAAAAGGAAAUACCGGAACCAGAAAUUCAAGUGUGGUGAGGAUAACGACGGCUACUCGGUGAAGAUGAAGAUGAAAUACUACAUCGAGUACAUGGAGAGCACCCGAGAUGACAGCCCCCUUUACAUCUUUGACAGCAGCUACGGGGAACACCCCAAAAGAAGGAAACUUUUGGAAGACUACAAGGUGCCCAAGUUCUUCACCGAUGACCUUUUCCAAUAUGCGGGGGAGAAGCGCAGGCCCCCUUACAGGUGGUUUGUGAUGGGGCCACCACGCUCCGGAACUGGAAUUCACAUCGACCCUCUGGGAACCAGUGCCUGGAAUGCCUUAGUUCAGGGCCACAAGCGCUGGUGCCUGUUCCCUACCAGCACGCCCAGGGAACUCAUCAAGGUGACCCGCGAAGAAGGAGGGAACCAGCAAGACGAAGCUAUUACCUGGUUUAACAUCAUCUAUCCCCGGACACAGCUUCCAACCUGGCCGCCCGAAUUCAAACCCCUGGAAAUCUUACAAAAACCAGGAGAGACUGUCUUUGUACCAGGAGGCUGGUGGCACGUCGUCCUCAAUCUUGAUACUACCAUUGCCAUUACCCAGAAUUUUGCCAGCAGCACCAACUUCCCUGUUGUCUGGCACAAGACGAUACAGCACGGGCAGCGGCAGUGCAAGCCACCCCCAGCCACCCCGUGCCACUGUGUCCCAACCCUGACCUGGAGGGACCAGCUCUCGGGGAUCUUGAAGCAGGAGCACCCUGAGUUGGCGGUCCUGGCUGACUCCGUCGACCUGCAGGAAUCCACGGGGAUCGCCUCUGACAGCUCCAGCGACUCCUCCAGCUCCUCCAGCUCCAGCUCGUCUGACUCGGACUCAGAGUGCGAGUCUGGCUCUGAAGGCGAAGGGAUGAUGCACCGCAGGAAGAAGAGGAGGACGUGUGGCAUGGUGGGAAACGGGGACACCACCUCGCAGGACGACUGUGUGAGCAAAGAGCGCAGCUCCUCCAGGAUUAGGGACACUUGUGGAGGCCGUGCUCACCCUUGAGCAGAAGCUCUCCCUGAGGUGGCUCCCAUGUGAGCUGUUGGUGGCCACCCAACUCAGUUUUCCCGUCUUCUGCUCCUACCUUCUCCUUUGUCUCCUUUGAAUUCGGAUAAUCCUCUCUGGCCCAAGUUCCUGUCUCCGGUCAAAUGCCGUUGUUUCUGCUUACUGGGACUAGAUUGUCAAGAAGUUAAAAAAACUCAGCACACUUAGUGAAGCACUGAAGGCUGCCGUGAUGUCGGGCAAGAAGGUUCUGUGCUUCUCCGUUAAAACCAAGCUGGUCGACCGCAAGGUUGGAGGGUUGUGAUCCUUUGAACACCUUGUUGCAUCUGUUGCCUGGCUGGUGUUGAUGAGGGACUCCCGCCGUCCACGUGGCCGGCUGCGCGCAAAUAGAGACACCGAGAGUGGUGAGUGGACUGAAUUCUGUGUGAAGCAGUUACACGUAAGAAGGACCACGAGUGUGCCACCUUCCCUGCCAUCAUCUGUUCAAAAACGCAUUCGGGGGCAGUAACCCGGCCACGUGGGCCGCGCCACUCACCACUGCCUGAUGUUGUCUUAGGAUUCAUUUGCUUUUCUCCAUGAUCAGAGAGGCUGUUAGGUUCCAUGGAUAAUUUUCAUCGUCACAGAACUUGAAUUAUAAACAGGGCCAAGGCCUUACAGAUUUGUCCCCAUCUUUACCGCCACGUGAUCACAAGUCAGAAGCUCUCACUCUAAGAGGCUUCAUGAAUAGUGGCCCCAUUUCUUGGACCUGCAGACAUCAGGUGGGGAUUGUGCUACCUGCUGGGAAUAAAUGCAGGGUGGUGCCUCUGGUCUCUGGGGUCUGUCUAGGCUUCUGUGUAACUCUGGUUUAAACACUUAGGCAGUGACCAGCAGGUCCCCUCUCUCACCCUUUUAGUUCACCUGCUUGCCUUCAUCUGUCCCUAAAUUCAACUAAGAGAGGGUUGUUUUCUGGGUUUGGAAUGAGAAGGGAAGGGCACCAGCAGCUGGAGGCCAUCGAGCUGCACUGGUGCCACGAGGCGCAGAGAAGUGUGGGCGGGUGGCUGAGGUUAUAUGGUGUUGCCUCUCAGAAUCCUCCCUUCAAGUGGGUAUAAUCGGGAAUCCUGGUCGCUUCUUUGCCACGUGUUCCAUGUUUGACAGACCAGUUAUCACUUCCUGACUCUCUGGGUGGUGAGGCUUUACUCUAGAAAGCUGGUCCCCUAUUUUUCUCUUUGUCCAAUUUUCUGCAUUCUAAAAUGCCAACCAAAACUCAUGUCUGGGAUGGAUGAAAGUCUGCUCGUUUCAUAGCAUCGCUAUACCUGCAGCUCUCCUCACCCACCCGCAGCGCCCUCUAGGAGUGUCUGUGGGUGUGAGCAAGUCCAAACCCUGAGAGAUUGUAUUCAUAUUUGAAUGGCAUUCCUCUUCUUUUUUAAAAAAUUUUUCCUGACAUCUUCAAAAUGCUUUUCUCUUUUCCUCAGUGUUGCUACCGGGCUGUCACACUCCCUUCCCUCUCAAAUCCAUACUAACAGCACCUCCCUCCACUUCGGUUUAAAGGAUGAAGCCACCAAACAGGCUGCUUGCCGCUAGGGGGCGCGGUGGGACACAUUUGCAGCGGCGGGGAUGGUAAAGUGGAAGUUUGGUUUGAGAGACUAGCCACCCAGUUUUAAUUCCCAGGUGCCAAAGAGCAUUCCUGUUUGGUAAACAAUACCCAGGUAUAAGGGAUCUAGCCUGACAGGCCCGCAGUCACCUCUCCUGAAAGUUCCUGGUAGCAUGGAUUACGUUUGGCUCUCGCCACCCCACGAAUGGCCAUGGGAUGCUCUUUCGUUGUCUUAGCCAGGCCAGAGAUUCAGCAGCCCCUCUUUUACUGUCACUGUGGACCAGGCAAACACACCAUCGUGGAAGCAACGCAGGGCCGAGGUGGGAAAACAGAAAGCAGCAGAGUGUGGCUGGGUGAUCACAGUGAGGGAGGAGGUGGACCAGGGUCCAUCUUUCUAAAGUUAACCCUUCUACCCACCUGGCCUGAGCUACUCCACAGGUAUCAAGGAUUGUAAGGAGAAAGAUACAACAUUAAACUAUUUUUAGAGAUUAUUUUCUGAGAAGACAGCUGGUCUUAAAACCAACAAGCUGGGCCCUGGAAAAAAGGAACUUGGACUAAUAACUACUAAAAGAAGGAGCAGGGUGGACGAGACCAGAGCCAGGGACCCAGGACAUCAGGAGGGCUCCGGGUCUUUGGGGAUGAAGGAGGUACCAGAGGCUUUACCAUCAGCCCCAGGUGGCCAGAGCUGCACGCAGGUGCCCCUGGGGUCAGCAGUGCUGUUGCAUUGAGGUGAUGCCUUUGGGGGAGAGCCAUCAAAAAUAGGGACAUUACUCAUAUUUUGCCCAUGGCUGCAGAUGCCCUUCGUUAAUUAUUAAAACACUCAACAAAUGUUCCAGUACCGAGCACUGUUCUAGGUGCUGGAGACGCUACAGUGACAAACCCAGAUGCCUGCCCUCGUGGAGCUUCACGGACAGUGAACGUGGCUGUGGUUCACAAGGGUCAGGUUGGGUAGCGCCAUGCAUGUCCAUCUCUGUGACCAGAAAAGCAAGUUGGGUCCUUACUAAAUGCAAAGUUUAUGAGAUCUUCACAAAAGAACAUAAUUAUAAUUAUAGCUGUACUUUUAACUUAGGACGCGGCUUCUUUGUAAAUCAGCUAAAGGUAUUUAAGGAUCAGCAGGAAAGUUGCUGGUGCAAGUGCUUUACAAAUUUAUUAGAGAUUCCGCCGUGAUAUGCUUUAGGACUCUAGAUGAGUGUGUGGGCUGAAUGAGGGUUUUUCAGUAAAUGUAGAAAGCAGUGUCUAGGAAGUAAGCAUGUAAGCACACAGCUGUAGGUUUCUUGAUGUGUAUGUAGCUGUUUCCACAAAUAAUAAGUUGUUUGUCCUGUGUACUGGGUACUGCCCCUGGUUCCAUGUGGAGUCUGGUUUCUCCUCACACUCCUCCUUCCCCCGCUUCUGUCAAGAUGUUACACCAGUGUUACAUUGUAUGCAGCAGAAGUACCGAGGUGGCUCUCAACUUUGUCUCUUCAUUAGUUCAGGUUCAAAAACCUGGAACAUCUCACCCCCAUCCUGUGCUCUCCUGGGAGCAGGAGAAUUGGCCCCACCUGCUAUCUCCACGGGGGACUGGACCCUACAGAGAAACUGGGGCCCUCUGCUGAGUGCCCCGUGCCUCCUCAGUGGUCAAGUAGAGCACCCUGAGCUCCUCCUAAGUUCUGCUUGGGUCUUUCCUGUGGGGGCCGCCGCCAUUGAAUUGGCAUUUUUAACUUUCACUGGGAUGAAACUUGUUCAUCAUUUUAAA